AUGAGGAGGUGGUCAAGGUUAUUUCUGAAAUCAAGAGAUAUAAGACCUUAUUCGCGUUGUCGUUGGCCGUGGACCUACAACCUCGGCCGGUUACACAUCGCAAAAGGCGCAGUGUUUAAUGACUAUGAAAAUCAACAUACCGAAUGCCUCCCAGGAACUCGAGUAAAGCUACUUCGCGAGAUUUACCGCUGGAUCGAGGCUCCUGAUGGAAAAUGUAUAUUCUGGUUAAAUGGCAUGGCCGGAACAGGAAAGUCAACUAUUACCCGUACUGUUGUAAGCCGCCUGAAGGGGCAGAGUCUCCUCAGGGCUAGCUUUUUUUUUAAAAGGGGCAAACAGGACCGAGGAAAUGCUAAAUUACUUUUUUCAACACUUACAAGACAAUUAGGAGGCACUCUCAUACUGCAGCCACUUAUUGCUGUUAACCCAGACGCAAAUUCAAUUAUACUAGUUGUGAUUGAUACACUGGAUGAAUACAACCAAGAUGUACAUCUCCGAUUCCUGCUCACAAGCAGGCCCGAUCUACCCAUCAGGCUAGGGUUCCAAGGUAUCAAAGGUGAUUAUCAAUAUCUGAUACUUCAUAAGAUUCCGAAUCCUGUGAUAAAACGCGAUAUCAGAUUAUACUUUAAGGAGAAAUUCCGACAAGCUAUCCUAUUAUUUAUUUCCGCCACUACGCUUUUUCGAUUUAUUAGUGAUGACUGCUGGAGUGCUACCGAGCGCCUCAGAGUUAUUAUGAGUGACAAAACCAGAUAUUUAGUACAGGGAUUUAAGAAUACAAUUGGCAUCCUUAUUCUCCUUGCUACUCCUUUAUCGGUAUAUUCUCUUGCUAAGCUGUUACAGCUGGACACAGAUCAGAUCCAGAUACAAUUCAAACUGUUCUACUCUGUCCUUGAUGUUCCUGCCAGGGCAGAGUAUCUAGUUAACAAGAGAGCGGUGCAUGCUAAACUGACUGUACAAUACCUUAAGCUCAUGCAGGAUAAUCUCUAUGGACUACGGAGGAAUAUCUGCAAUCUAAAACAUGAUACAGUACAGCGGAAUGAUAUAGAUAAACAGACUCUGAGAUAUUCCCUGCCGCCAGAAUUACGUUAUGCGUGUUAUCCAGCUAAUAAGCUAGUUCAAGCUCUUUUAUUCCUCCAGUCACACUUUCUUUAUUGGGUUGAAGUGAUAAGCCUUUUGGGCAUCAUAUCUGAACUUGUUGAGAUGAUCCAGAGACUGCGGUCAUCUAUACAGGUACAUAGGGGCAAUUUUAGUGCACUAUUGAAUACUAAUAAAUAUAGGCUGAUGAAACUCCUAUAA